AAACACAAAACCACCCCCUUUAACUUUCUACAACCUCUAAAACCUUCACCACAAAUCUUGAAACCCCUAUCGCCGUCGUUCCCAUAAAUCUCCUCUAAAACCCUCAAAUUUCCGAUCACCAUCUUCCAUGAUCACACCCCACUAAAACCAUGAACAAACACAUCUACAAACGAAUCACCCAAACCCUCACACACCCCAAAAAACACCCCCAUUUCCACACAAUCCGACCAUUAUGUUCCACCCCACAACAAUCCAAUCAAAACCCAUCCAAUCGGGUGUCCGAAAUAGUCAACGAGCUCAUGAAUCUAACGCUGUUAGAAUCAGCAGACUUAACAGAGGUUAUGCGAAAGAAAAUGGGUAUAAACCAGAUGCCGAUAAUGGCGGUGAUGAUGCCGGGGAUGGGGUUGAAGACCGGCGGCGGAGGUGCAGCAGCGAAGGGCGGGGCAGCGGCGGCGGCGGUGAAGGAGAAAACGGCGUUUGAUUUGAAACUUGAAGGGGGGUUUGAUAGUGGGUCGAAGAUAAAGAUUAUAAAGGAGGUGAGGACGUUUACUGAUUUGGGGUUGAAGGAGGCUAAAGAGUUGGUGGAGAAGGCUCCUACUUUGUUGAAGAAAGGUGUGGCUAAAGAGGAAGCUGAGAAGAUUAUUGAGAAGAUGAAGGCUAUUGGGGCUAAAGUUGUUAUGGAAUGAGGCCUUUGUCAACAGUGCAAGUUUUCAUAUGCAUUCUCGUCCUCAAACAUAGGAGGUCAUGUUAGAUUUUGUUAAUCGCAUACGCGUUUUUCUCUUUAUAGAUGCAUUUAUUCAUAUCUAUAUGCGCGAACAGCAUCAUGUAAGCUCGUAAGUUUAAUCGUAGGAUUUGAUCUUCUUCAGAGAUGAUUUAAUGACGGAGGUUAGUUUCUCCCUCCCAAAAUAAUUGUAACAAAUUGCAGGUGUUGUUUUUCUAAGUUAUGUUACAAAUUUUGAACAUUUUUUUUACCUGAAAAAACUAUCCGGAUUUAUCUUCUGAAGUU